ACCCUAAAGGUGAAGUUGGGAUGGAUAAUGGAGAAAUCUUUCAAGCUUUCUAGUUCUUUCUCCACUCCUUAAAGUCUCUUACUGGGGACUGCAUCUUGGUCCUCUCUGCCCUGUGAGUCAAGACUGAGAGGGGACAGAGGGAUCCUUGCAAACAUUGCUAGGGGAGUCUGUGACAACGACAUCACUAAGGAUCUGACACAACAAUGACUGCCUGCCCUCUGAGAGGUACAGGACUUGCCCAGAAGGCAAACAGCUAAGCAGGUUUGACCAGCUGACCUGGACUUGGCCAACGGCCUGUGAUCCAUCAUGGCCAACCCACCAUUCUGGCUGAGUAGGAAGAUGUUUCUCUUCAAGGUGUGUAGAUGGAUGGGGCUUGCUUGUUUCCGGUCACUGGUGGUGUCCUUGCCCAACGUUCGUCAGAAGAAACUAAUUCAUAAGCUGCAGAAGGAAAAGGCUUUUCGGGAAGAGAUAAAAACUUUCCGUGAGAAAAUAGAAGACUUCAGGGAAGAGAUGUGGAAUUUCCAAGGCAAGAUCCGUGCUUUCCAGGGCCAGAUCUUGGGCUUUUGGGAAGAAGAGAGACCUUUCUGGGAAGAGGAGAAAACCUUCUGGGAAGAGGAAAAAGCCUUCUGGGAAAUGGAAAAAUCCUUCCGGGAAGAAGAGAAAACCUUUUGGAAAAAGUACCGUAUCUUCUGGAAGGAGGAUAAGGCCUUCUGGAAAGAGGACAAUGCUUUAUGGGAAAGAGAUCAGAAUCUUCUUCAGGAGGACAGGGCUUUGUGGGAGGAGGAAAAGGCUCUGUGGGUAGAGGAGCGAGCUCUUCUUGAAGAGGAGAAGGCCCUGUGGGAGGAUAAAAAGUCCCUCUGGGAGGAAGAGAAUGCCCUCUGGGAGGAGGAGAAAGCAUUCUGGGGAGAUGGUAGGGGCCAUGUUGCUGAGGAGCAGAUAGUGGGAAAUGGGCACCACAAUGUCAAUGCAGGGCCACGCUUGCCAGCCUUCUCCCGGAACAGAGCAUGAGCACAGGAGAUGAAGACCCUUGGGAUCCAAGCUUUGCUAGAUUGAGAUUCAAGUCUGGGUAACCCCAUGUGCUGGAGAAAAUAUGCACUUAUUUGUCUCCCUGCUUCAAAAGAUCUAAUAAAGUCCAACUUCUUAGAGAGAUUUGGAAAACCAA